CAUUAACCGAUGGAGUGCAUAUAUUAUAUAUCGUGGCAGGUGGUUGAUCGAUAGCAUCCCUAUUCGGCUUUUCAGAAACUACCAAAAGUAUGGAGUUGCGUAUCCGAACCAGCAAGCGAUGAAGGCCUACUCCAGCAUUUGGAAUGGCGACAGCUGGGCGACGCAGGGCGGGCGGGUGAAGAUCGACUGGAAGAGGGCUCCGUUUGCGGCGAGAUACCAGCAGGUGAAUCUGAGGACUUGUCCGUGGGAUUCGCAGGGCAGCACUUCGCAGUGCUCGGCCAACAACCCUGCCAACUGGUGGACGGCUCCAGCCUACAGCAGGCUGAACUACGCGCAGCAGGGCCAGCUUAUGUGGGUGAGAAACAAAUACAUGAUCUACGAUUACUGCCGGGAUAGCAAGAGAUUCAAAGGGGCGAUGCCUCCUGAGUGCUCUCUGCCUUUGUACUAGCAGACGAUCGAGGAUUUCAUAUCGGAUUCCUGAUUUUACCUACAUUCAUGGCCGCCCGUGCCGACCAUUGCUACCCUUUUAAUUUGU